AUGGACUUGGACGGCGGAGACUCACCAUGGGGCGAUGUGCCCUCGCAAUCGGCCAGCAACGUCAGUGCGUCACGGCCUAAAACUGAAGGAACCGCCCAAGAUCAAUCCACACAGCAAGAGGCUCCCCGUUCGACGGUACGACGAGGACCCCGAGGCAGGGGCAAGAUUACUGCACAAGCAACGAAGCUCGAAGCGGUCGACGACGCGAUUGAUCCGCUGGGUCCGCUUGGCGACAAACCUACUGAAAGCAGCCCGACUGGCCUUGAACAAGCCCCCGUGCCGCCUCAGAAGGAGGCUUUCGCGAGCCGCAAUGCGCGCCCGACCUCAUCCACAUCUCAAGCAUCCAGCGGGGCCGGUAUGAUGGACUCAGUGAAUCUGGAGGAGGAUGGCACGGGCUUUAGGAACCCUCCACCGGUGCAGCCGCCAAGUGACCUGGAAGGCUCCAAGAGACAACAACAACCAAGCGUCAGCGUGGAGAAAGCUGCUCAUCCUACCUUUGAAAUCUCCGUCGGCGACCCGCACAAAGUUGGCGAUCUGACUAGUAGCCACAUCGUGUACCAGGUUAGGACCAAGACUACAUCGAAAGCUUAUAGGCAAACAGAAUUCACUGUUAGCCGGCGUUACCGCGAUUUCCUCUGGCUUUACAAUUCUUUGCACAGUAACAACCCCGGUGUGGUCGUGCCUCCACCCCCCGAGAAGCAGGCAGUAGGCCGGUUUGAUACCAACUUCGUGGAGUCAAGAAGAGCUGCCCUUGAGCGCAUGCUGAACAAGAUUGCCGCCCACCCUAUCCUCCAACAUGAUGGCGACCUUAAGAUCUUCCUCGAGAGCGAGGCUUUCAACGUUGAUGUCAAGAACAAGGAGAACAGGGAGCCAGACCUUGGUCAGAGCAAGGGUAUGUUCAGCUCAUUUGGAAUUAGCGUUGGCGGCGGCGGAAAGUUCAUCGAGCACGACGAUUGGUUCCAUGACCGAAAGAUUUACCUUGAUGCCCUUGAGAACCAACUCAAGGCAUUGAUGAAGGCUAUCGACACGGUUGUGGCCCAGCGAAAGGGCCUUUCAGAAGCUGCGGGUGAAUUCUCAACCUCAAUACAAUCACUAGCUGCCGUCGAGUUGUCUCCUGUUCUCUCUGGUCCCCUGUACGGAUUAUCGGACCUACAGCUACGUAUCAAAGAACUGUAUGACCGUCAAGCACAGCAGGAUGUGCUGACCCUCGGAAUCACAAUCGAUGAAUAUCUUCGCCUGAUCGGUAGCGUCAAGACAGCGUUCUCUCAGAGGCAGAAGGCCUACCACAGCUGGCAUAACGCUGAAUCAGAACUACAGAAACGCAAGCACAGUCAAGAGAAGCUUCUUCGACAAGGGAAAUCCCAGCAAGACCGCCUGAACCAAGCCAAUGCAGACGUGGCUGAUGCCGAAAGGAGGGUCCAUCAGGCGCGGCUGCUGUUCGAGGACAUGGGAAGGUUGAUGCGUAACGAGCUGCAGAGGUUCGAGAAGGAGAAGGUGGAAGACUUCAAGUCUGGCGUGGAGACAUUCUUAGAAAGUGCCGUAGAAGCUCAAAAGGAGUUGAUUGAGCUAUGGGAAACAUUCCUGCUGCAGUUGGAUGCAGGCGAGGAUGGCAACCCAUUCUAUCCCGCAGAUGAACACAACGCGCCUGCGGAAUCAGCUCCAGAGGCUCCAUCUGAAACCGGGACAGUGUCGGCAUCUGAAGAGGCAUAA